AUGACUCAGAUUGAUAUAAAGGUUGCUUCAUCAGAAAUCUUGGAGAAAUACUUCAUUGGCAAUGAGCUUCCUCUCGAAGCCCCUGUUGAGACUUGGAUCAAUUACGAAAGGGAGGAAAAGGGGAUGGAUGUAAAAAUGAAGUCGUUUUGUCAUUUACUUUUCUACUCAAAAUUGGGUUCUCAGUUAUUUGAUUCUAUAAAUCUUGAUUUAGAUGGUUCAUGUUGUUUGAUAGGUACCACAAUUUUAACUGCCGUGAGGAUUGCUGUUGAUCCCCUAACAGAAGUUGUCUACAGCGAAAAUCCUGACAGGAAUUUCUUGAAGUCCAACAACUUCUCUUAUGGCAUUGUAGUAGUUGGCGAAUUACCUUAUUCGGAAAGUGUGGGCGAUAGCACGAAUCUGACAAUAGCUGAGCCUGGUUAUGACACAAUCACUAAUGUGUGUGAAUAUGUGAAAUGUGUCGUGAUUAUCAUGUCUGGCCGUCCAGUGGUAAUAGAACCUUAUCUUCCUAAAAUGGAAGCGCUUGUGGCUGCUUGGCUUCCAGGAACCGAAGGGCAAGGUGUUUCCGAUGUUUUGUUUGGUGACUACGGUUUCACUGGCAAACUAGCACGCACUUGGUUCAAGACAGUCGACCAGCUUCCGAUGAAUGUUGGUGAUCCACACUAUGAUCCUCUCUUUCCGUUCGGCUAUGGUCUUACGACCAUUCCUAUAGAACGAAAAGCAACACAGUAAACCCGGUCACCGACGGUACCACUAUGUUUAUUUGACAUCAAAAGUUUGUUCUAAGUGAUAAUGUUUAUGGAAUCCAAUGUAGGAAGCAGCUAUGCGAUAAUAUACCGAAUAUAUGUAAUUGAUACAUGAUUAAACAUUGAAGCAUAAUCAUACUUAGGAGAAUGCUGUUUAUUACUUGUGUUUAA